AUGCUAGCCACCACCGCUCUCUAUAUAGUAGACACCUUUGCUAAGUGCAAAAUCACUACAAUAGUUUUUUCCAACUUCAAAAUGGAGCCUAAAAAAUCUUUCUUAUCUUCCAAAUUUUCAUUCUUGUUGAUUUUCUUUCUUAUUACCAUUUCCUUGUGUGGAUUGAAUGCAUCAAGUGAGGAGCAGAAUGUGAAGUCUCACAAGGGACCUGUGGUGAAGAGGGAUCAAAGAAGGACAUUAGUUGACACUGAAUAUGGAGAGAUUUCUGCCACUGAUGUCAAAGAAGGACAAAAUAAAACACCAAAUUAUCAUAUUCAGUUCUUUACAUUGGAACCUAACUCUGUGUUUCUUCCUGUGCUUUUACAUGCAGCUAUGGUCUUUUAUGUUCAUACAGGUAGUGGAAAGCUGAGUUGGGCAAAUGAAGAUGGAACUAGCACAAUAGAUAUACAUGAAGGAGAUGUAGCCAGUCUCAAAGAAGGAUCUGUUUUCUAUAUACACAGCAACUUGGAACCACAAAGGAAGAAACUAAGGAUUUAUGCAAUUUUUACCAAUAGAGAUGAUAGCACUUUUGAUCCAUCAAUUGGUGCUUACUCAAGGAUCAAUGAACUAAUCAAAGGCUUUGAUGAAAAAAUCAUCCAAGCAGCUUUUAAGGUGCCUGAAGAUUUGACUGAAGCAAUCACAAACAAGACUGAGACACCAGCAAUAGUGCAUGCAGUUCCAGAGAAAAAGCAUAACAAUGUCUUGGAAUUGGAGGCUUCACUUCUUGAAUACUUCACAGGCAUUGAAUCCAACUCCAAGAAGCUCAAAACAUACAACAUCUUUGAUAAUGACCCUGACUUCAAAAAUUGUUAUGGUUGGACUUCAACAGUGACCAAAAAGCAACUAAAACGAUUAAAGAGUCACAACAUUGGAGUUUUCAUGGUGAACUUGACCAGGGGAUCAAUGUUGGGGCCACAUUGGAAUCCAUUGGCAACAGAAGUAGCAGUGGUGUUGGAAGGGAAAGGUAUGGUGAGAGUAGUAUGUGGUAGCAACACUGAUGAUGAAUGCAAAAACCAGAGGUUUAGAGUUAAGCAAGGAGAUGUUUUUGUGGUUUCUAGGUUUCAUCCAAUGGCUCAAAUAUCAUUUGAUAAUGAGCCACUUGUUUUUAUGGGAUUCAGCACUGCUGCAAAGAAAAAUUAUCCUCAGUUUUUGGCUGGUGAAGGAUCAGUGCUGCAAAUUCUUGACAGACAGAUAGUUGCUACCUCUUUAGGUGUAAAUAAAACAACCAUUGACAAGCUUUUGGAGAACCCGGAUGAUUCAAUUAUUUUCGAGUGUAGUUCUUGUGCGGAGGAAGAGGAAAAGCUAAUGGAGGAAGAAAAGGAGAAGGAAAGGGAGGAGGAAGAGAAGAGGAAGAGAGAGGAAGAGGAGGAAGAUGAGAAAAGGAGAGAAAAAGAGGAGGAAGAGGAAAAGGAGAGAGAAAGAAAAGAAAAAGAAGAGGAGGAAGUUAGAAGAAGAGAAGAAGAAAGGAAACGAGAGGAGGAAGAAGCUAGAAGGCAACAAGAAGAGAGGGAAAGGAGGAGGAAAGAAGAAGAGGAAGCAAGGAGGGAACGAGAAGAAAUUAGAAGACGGAAAGAAAAGGAAAGAGAAGAAGAAGCGGAGAGGGAGGAAGAAGAAGCUAGAAGACAACAAGAGAAAAGGGAAAGGAAAGAGGAAGAAGCUAGGAGAGAAAAAGAAAGGGAAAAAGAGGAAGCUAGAAAGCAACAAGAGAAAUGGGAAAGAAGAGAGGAGGAAGCUAAGAGAGAAAUAGAAAGAAAAAAGAGGAGAAAAGAGGAAAUAGAAAGGGAGAAAGAAAGGAAAAGAGAAGAGGCAGAGAGCGAGGAAGAAGCAGCUGAAAGACAACAAGAAAAAAGGGAAAGGAAAGAGGAGGAAGAGGAAGCUAAAAGAGAAAUAGAAAGGGAAAAGAGGAGACAAGAGGAAAAAGAAAGGAAAAGAGAAGAGGCAGAGAGCGAGGAAGAAGCAGCUAGAAAACAACAAGAGAAAAGGGAAAGGAAACGAGAAGAGAGCAGAAGAAAAGAGAAAACAAAAAGGGAACAAGAAGAUGAAACAGAAGAACAAGAAGAAGACACUGAGAGCCAAAGUAGAGGAAGAGGAGGACAGGGGAGACAAAGGGGUGGGGACAGAGAAAGAAGAAGCAGAGAAGAAGCAUCAACAGAAUGGGAAGAAGAAGAAGAAGCAGCAGCCAGAAGACAACAAGAAGAGAGGGAAAGGAAAAGAGAGCAAGAAAGUGAGAGCAGCUUUGAAGGAAGGAGAAUUCUGAAAAUCCGAAAAGGCGUGUGAUAUUUUGAGUCUUAACUUGCAAGAGGGUUCACUGCUUAUAUAAUGUGUAUCAUAACUUUUUAUGUAUGUUUCUCUGUAUGUUUUCCGGUUGUUUGUUAGUUGAAGGUCUGUGUUUCAUGAAGCUUGGCUGGCACUGAUGUGUAUGUAUUACAAUAAAAACCUUCAGUCUUCAAUCUUUUGUUAUAGUCUGCAAUUUCUUUUUUUUCCUGUCAGCUUGUUAUAAAGUUGUUCUGUGGUUUAUGAAGCCUAUUAGAUAGUAUAUAAAUCUUAUUUUAAUACAAUGUAUACUAGUGAACUAAUAUGAAUGGGAGGGACUUUGAAAUGAUAGAUACCAUACAAAGGCCAAGUCUGUCCAAAAAGUAUGUAGUUAUCUGCCAAAAAGUUUAUAUAAGAUGUGUUUGUU